UGUCGUGAAGUUACAUUUGGAAUUAAGCAUGUUUUGUAUGAGGCUGAGUAUGAAGAUGUUGUGAUUAUGUUACGACUCAACUCAAGUCAGCAACUAUGGUCUAGGAUUAAGUGGCAACCACGUGCACUUACUGAGUUGAAGACUGGCAUCCUACAAGAGUAUUCUGAUAUCACCCAUGUGGUUCAAAGCAUUGGUAAUGGCUUCUCUGAAGCCUGGUUGAAGGAUUUUGCUUACAAAUGCAAUAAAAUAUAUCCAGUGUUUGAGGACUUGUUAGAUCAUAUAGUUUCAACUUCCAUGACUGAAAUACGUGAAAUCUACAUGGACUUCCUGGAUAUGGGGGAGGAGAUGAAGAAUAUGUACAGGAGGAAUGAGUUCUAUCUGCAAGACAUGCAACUAUGUGUCAACAAACUUAUGUCAUAUGUUACAGAGAAGGCAUCAGGAAUUUGUCAGGUGCUGCUGGAUGGAAUGCUAACCAUGUACUCUGCAGUAAAACAUGUUAUUGCGAUGGUUGUGAACACAUUCCAGAUUGAUUUUUCUCUUAUUUUCAACAUCUUAAGUGACAUUAAGGUUAUAGCUAGUAAAACUAUGGCAUAUGUUGUAAACUUCAUUAAUGAAGUCAAGAGGCUGCAUUUGGCUUCCAAGGAGUACCUGAAGACAAAAGUUGAAGUCGCAAGGAUGGAAAUAAUGUAUGCAGAGGAGAACAUGAAACACCUACUGAUACAUGUAGAACACUCUCUGGCUGACCUUUUCAUAAGGUACAUCCAGCUGCUGGAGCCAUAUCUGACAAGCAUUGAGAAUACAUUGGAACUUCUCAGUCGCAGAGUGAUAGAUUUUGAGGACAAAAUCAGUGAAUAUAUACUUGACAUGGUGGACACUGUACUUGGAGCUCAGGAGGUGCAGGACUUAAUAGCCAUGUACAACACGUAUUCCUCCUGGCUUGAAGAAUUAUACCUACAGGAUUACAUUGAUCAAGUCACAAAAUUAUUUGAGAGCAUUGGUUCAGCAAUUAUGCAAGAUAUACAAAGGGUAUUUGCUGACUACUUGGAAUAUGUGAACUGCAUUACAGAUGCAAUCAAUAAUAUGUACAGGAAUAUUAAUGCCAUUCCAUCUAUUGCUUACACUAAACAUGCCAUGAACAUUGUUUAUGAGAAGGCCAAGUGGGUGUUCAAGUACUACAAGUUAAGUGAUUAUCUCAAGGCUCACGUACACAGCUGGAUUGAAAACUUGGACAAGAUUCUGCUGAGGUUGCUGAAUGCUAUUGAUAUGGAUGCAAGAUCUCCAACUAAGAGCCUCACACCAAGUAUAACAUUGCAUCCUGACAUUGGUCUGAUCGAGUACAGCCAGAAGUUGCCCAUAGAAUGGAAUGGUUUCAAUGAACUACCAAAGUUUGAGCAACUGCAAUUGUAUGAACAAGUCAAGGAUCAUGCUAAUAAAAUCAAUAGUCUUGACAAAUACAGAUAUUACCUGAUGGACACCUUCUAUGACAUCACCACCAACAUGUCUGUGGUAUCAAUGCUACCACCUUUUUCAGCAUAUGGCAUGGUGGUUGGCAACAACUACAUCACCUUUGACAAGAAAUUCUACAACUUCACAGGAGCAGGGGAAUGUAGUUAUCUGCUAGCAAAUGACUUCCUAAACAGCAGAUUCUCUGCAUUUGUUACAUACAAGACUGAGAACAGGGAAGCUGUGAAGAAGUCAAUUACUGUAGUGGUUAAGGGCCAUCACAUUGAGAUUGGCUCCAACAAACACAUAACAGUUGAUGGACUGAGGGUAGAACUGCCCAUGGCAGUUGAUCAUCAAACGUGGAUCAAACGUACUGGAGAAAGAAUUGUGGUUCACAGCGAACUCGGAAUAGAAGUAGAAUGCAAUUUGCACUAUGAUAUAUGCACAGUUGAACUGUCUGGAUGGUAUUUCGGUAAAACUGGUGGAAUGCUGGGAACCUUUGACUAUGAAUCAAGCAAUGAUCUUUCCCUUCCAAAUGGAACUAUAGCAAAUACAGUAGAAGCAUUUGCCAACAGUUGGCACAUUGGAUCUGCACAGUGCCAUUCAGGGAAUCACACUACAGUUCCGACGUACUCACCCACCAGCGAGGAAUCACGAGUGCCAGAAAGUAAUCAGUGCACAGCAUAUUUUGAAGACCAACUGUCACCACUUCGUCGGUGCUUUUCCCAAGUUGAACCAAACCCUUUCUAUCAGAUGUGUCUACUGGAACUUGCAAACAAUAAAGGAGUAUGCAUGUCUGUGGCAGCAUACGUGUCCCAGUGCAGGAGAGCAAAUGUCGACAUCUGGAUUCCCCACAAGUGUGUGCACUGUCCAACUCUUAAUAGCAGCACGAUGAAUGUCAGUGAAGUGGAAGUGUAUGAUGGAGUAGAAGCCAUGCUGGCUGACAUUGUGUUUGUUGUGGACCAGUCUCCUUGCAUAAAGAAAAUAAACUUGGUUGAGCUGGCGUCAAAGCUGGAUAAUGCAAUGAGAUUUAAGGGACUAAAUACCCGUUUCUCUGUUGUGGGCUUCAAUGGGAAGAAAUUCAGUGAACCUCAUACACAUACAUCUAAUGGAGAGAUAUGGGCAACUCUAAAAGAAACUGAGAAAACCCUAAAGAGCAUGAAGAGUGCCACAUCAAAGAGUGCUAGUUCAGGGAACCCAAGUACAUUCAGUGCUUUGUGGCAUGCCGCUCUCUUGCCAUUCAGAGCAACAGCUUCAAAGACUAUAGUGCUGCUACAAUGCACAUUAUGCCAAGAGGCAGAGGAUAAGUACAGCAACAUGCUCAACAUGCUGAUGGAAAAUGACAUCACACUGCAUAUACUUCACCCACAUGUUCUCAGAUUUCAUUCUGGACAGAGCAAGGCCAGCAAGGUGUAUGGUGUGGACCUGAAUGGGGCAUUCAGUGGACAUAAUUUGAAAAACCUCAUGCCAAGCUUUCCACUAUUGAGACAGGUUGUAAUGCCAAAGGAUUUGUGUACUCCUCUGGCAUUUGAAACCAAUGGGACACUCUUCAACAUGGAUUAUCUCUUACAAAAAGUCAAGGGUACACACAGAUUCAAUGUCAAGAAGUUCACUGAUGUGUGGGCCAGGCGAGUCACACUGACUGCCAAACCUUCUCAGUGCCAGAAAUGUGGAUGCGUUGCAAACCAAGAUGGAGUGGGACAAAUUAUGUGCUCCAAGUGUUUAUCACCAUCUAUUGAGCACUUCUUAAAAUUUCAGAUGUAUGGUGGAAAAGUAAUCUUACAAGGGAAAACCAAAUUGGGGAAUGGGGAAACCUCAACGGUGACCGUCAAAGAUUAAGAACCAGGCUGGUUGAUGAUAUAGACUAUCCUGCAUGAAGAAGCUGUCAUCUUGAUAUAACCAAUGAUAAGAAACAUUGUCAUACCAAAACCCUUUAAUUUUUAGUUUUGUUUACAUACUUUAUUUAAAAGCCCAUUUCUGAUUUUAAAUUUAACCAUUUUUAACAAAGUUAGGGAACUUUUUUUAAAAAUUCCGUACUGGUAAACCAUAUAAGUCAUCAGAAUAACCGUUAAAUGGCUGGCCCUCAUUUUUAGCAAGUUUAUAAGUGAAAUGUCAGUUAUAUUUAUUUUUGUAUCCAAGUAUGGGUAUCUGUGCAUCAUAAUUACAAGAUUGUGCGUUCGUGCAUGCAUGCAUACAACAAGAAUGUCACCUGACUAGUUACACCUGUAUCUCAUUUCAGGAGAAAAUAUCAAUGUUUCAAUGAAACAGCCUCAAUUAAAUUCUACAUUAAUAUGGAAGUGAUAAGAUCUUACAAAAUGUAAAUUAUUUUGUAAGACAUGUGUUAACUGCAUAUUACACAUUAUCCUUCCAAACAAUGCUACCUGCAAACUAAUUUCUUCCUUUUAUAUAUCUAGUAAGUAUAAAAUUAUUUCACUUUUCUGGCAUUCUGGCAUAUUGUCCUAAAUGUGUCAAUUCAGGAAUAAAUGUUUUAUAUUUCAUUACAUCUCACACAUUCUCGGGCACAGAUAUGCAUAUAUACACAUUGAUUUGUACAUAUUAUAUGUUAUAUUAAUGUAUGUUAAUCACUGUGUUAGUAGAAGGUAGAAACAAACUUUACUUAUUUAGAAAAACUGUAUACUUUGACUGUAGUGAGUAGUAAAAUGUGAUCAAGAACCCACCUAUUAUGGUUGCAACACACAAUCCUACUUUUAUACAGUCAUCCAUAAAGAUUUUUCCACCUGUCCUUCCUUCCUGACAGGUACUUGAGCACUUAAGAAAUUUAAAGAUCUUUAAUCUGUCAAUUGAUUACAUAUUUUCAAAUAGAAGAGAAAUCAUCAUGUGCACUAAUUUACGUGUUCAGCAAAGAGAAGACAAAUUUUCUGUCAAUAAACUUGUUAUAAACAGUG